GUCAGAUCCCAGUCAACUGCUAACUGUGACGAACCGUGCUCCCAAUUCCUGGACACAGACAGAGCACAGAGCUUGGAGCAAGGAAUCUCUGUCUGCCUGUCUAGUGUGUGGUGUUACUCAGUUCAGUGCUUAUUGUAAAUUUUUUGGAAUAUUUUACUCACACACUCUUUAUUUUAUUUUUAAUUUUUAACCCCACAAAGCACCGUGGCACCAAGUGAAGUGUUUUUGUUUUUUAAAUAGUUUUAGUUUUCCAAAAAAAAUCCAAUUUUUGCCCACCCUAGAUCACCUAGCGCGCCAUCUAAUGUGCCACAUACAGGAAUUGAUUAUUAACUAAAAGGUACUACAAUAAGUAAAAGAAGGGAGCACCUGGAUUUAUUUCACAACUCCACACUGUAAAAAAAAACUCUCCGAAAUAAAAAAUGGAUAAAUAAAAUUUGGACAUAACCUGGAAAUCAUCGUGAAGCCAAUACUCAAUAUUAGGCUCUUCCUGAAAACAUUGCAGUUGGACUAACAGCCAGGAGAUGCAGGGAUUUUCAAAUCUGAAGGAUCGUGCCACGGGAGCUUUUGGCGGUACUCGUUAUGAGAACUUCGAGAUGCCAAAACAUGGCUACGAGCAGAUGGACGGCGGUGAUGGUGGAGCCAUGCGGGGCUACUCAGAAGACGUACCCGAAUCACCAAUGUCCUACGAUGACUACGAGCGUCCACCCCUGCGGCACAUUGACAAAUACGUCCGUGCGGAAUGUCCCUGCUUCAGUACUGUCCGCUACACCAUAGCCCUGAUGACCUGCCUGGGCUUCAUCAUAUCCUUCGGAAUGCGCUGCAACAUGGGAAUGGCGAAGCUGAAGUCAGAAGCGUCCGUCUUCAAUUGGACCGUCGGCGUUGAGAGUGCCGUAGAUUCAUCAUUUUUCUGGGGCUACCUCGUAACUCAAGUGCCUGGUGGAUUCCUGGCAUCGAAAUUCCCAGCAAAUCAAAUCUUCGGCACAGCCAUUGCAUGUAGCAGCUUCCUCAAUCUCCUCGUACCCGGCGCCACAAUGCUCCAUCCUGGCUUCAUCAUAAUCGUCCGUAUGCUUCAGGGGCUCGUCGAGGGUGUCACCUACCCCGCAUGCCACGGUAUCUGGCGCUUCUGGGCACCACCCCUGGAACGUUCCCGUCUUGCCACAAUGGCCUUCAGUGGCUCCUACGCGGGGGUUGUGAUAGGAAUGCCAAUGUCCGGUAUCCUCACGGGAUGGAUAAGUUGGCAGGCGGCAUUCUACUUCUACGGCGUCAUGGGGAUGGUUUGGUACACAAUGUGGCUGUGGUUGGCCUUCGAGAAGCCUCGUGUGCAUCCAGCCAUCACCAUACAAGAGUUGAAAUUCAUCGAAAAGAGCCUGGGGGAGACGGGUCAGAGUGUCGUAAUGCCCACCAUAAGUUCCACGCCGUGGAUGGAAUUUCUCCGUAGUAUGCCCGUGUAUGCAAUCAUUGUGGCAAACUUCUGCAGGUCGUGGAAUUUCUACCUGUUGGUGCUAUACCAGAGCGCCUACCUCAAGCACUCAUUCAACUUUCGCAUCGAAGAAACGGGGAUGCUUGGCGCCCUUCCGCAUCUCAUUAUGACCAUCAUUGUACCCUUUGGUGGUAUCCUAGCUGAUCGUUUGCGCAAAUCCGGAACCUUGUCCACAACGAAUGUACGGAAGCUCUUCAACUGCGGCGGAUUCGGGCUCGAGGGUGUCUUUUUCUUAGUCGUAGCACACGCCAAAUCUGCCACUGGUGCUAUCACAGCUCUGACCAUCGGAGUGGCUUGCAGUGGAUUUGCAAUUUCGGGCUACAAUGUCAAUCAUCUGGACAUUGCACCCCGCUAUGCUAGCAUCCUAAUGGGCCUAUCGAAUGGAAUAGGAACCAUUGCUGGACUGAUUUGCCCCAUAGCAAUAGAUUACAUUACAAGAGAUAAGCCGAAAGAGUGUUGGUCCACGGUGUUCACAAUAGCAGCGACGGUGCAUCUAAUCGGUAUCACCUUCUACGGGAUCUUUGCUUCGGGCGAAUUACAACCAUGGGCCGAGCCUGUUGUGGAGGAGAAGAAAGUCUGGACGCCAACAACUGCCGGAUUGACCAAGGAAACUACCUUUAAUGAUCCAUCACAGGAAAUAAGUAGUACAACAAAGACAGUCAGCUACGGCGCCGUGGAGCACGUGGCAGGUAAUCCCUUUGCCUACCCUAGCGCCAUUGCAGAAGAACCCGUGCAACCAGAGGCAAGGGAUACCUACUUGCACGGCGGCGUCGACGAGAGGACUUAUUGAAGAGAUUCACAAAUCAAAGAAAAAUCACAUCAUUCACCCACACUGAACCAUUUCUACGAUUCAUAUCUAAUAACUCAUCAACCUCAUCUUUUAUUUAUUUAUUUUUUUUAAUUUUUGUAGUAUUUUAUCAACAUGUUGACCCUCCCCACCCCCAUUUAAUCACCAACUGUUACACUACAUUAAAUACCUAGAUUAGUCCAAGAGAGAAAUAUUCAUAUUAGAAUUAUAUAUUGAGAGAUGAAAGGCAUAUUAUAUUGAAAAUAAAAAAUUAUAUAUUAUUAGAUUUUUGUGAUCUCAUUGCUGUGUGACAAUAUUUGACUCAAUUGACGAGGAGACAGAGAAACAAAAGAAAAUUGUACUAUAUGGAAUAUUUUAAAUGUGUUACAAUUCUGUACAAUAAAAGCAAAAAAAAAAUGAAAAAUCUUAGAAAUAUAUAGAGGGAGGUUGUAGGAAGACAUUUUAAAAGAAGAAAAAAAUCUAUAACGUGCGUUAAUGACAUUAAUAAGAACUUAAUAAAAGAUGGAAGAAAAAAAAUGAAUUAUAACGAGAAAGCACCCUGCUUAAGCAAUUAUCUACUUAGAUAGUACAUUACAUUAUAAAUUACAUUGCAAAAACAAAGGAAUAUUAUAUACAAAGAAAUCUAAUAUUAAAAAAAAUAAAUCAACAUCUGUAAAAACAAAAAUACCUACAUAUUAAAUUAAUAAAUGUUGAAUAUGCAAUUUCUAUUAGAUAAAAAAAAAUGUAUAACUUUUAGCAUAAAUGAAUGAAAUGAGGGUAGUUAUGAAAAUUAAAUAAAAAAUAUUAAAUAAAAGCAUAGAAUAUGUUAGCUGGAGUCAAAGCUAUACUAAAGAAAAAUAAUACAAAUUGCUAAAUCUACGCAUUUGUUAAUUCAAGCACUCUCAAUAGAAUGUAAAAUGUAAAUUUAACAACUAAAGAGUCAAUUUUGAACAUUGUAAAGAGAUUAAUAAGUCAUUAGUUUGAAUAUUUGUUAAUUCAAAAUAAAUUUAUUCUUUUGUACAGUUAAACUUCCCCCCAUUCUCCAUUUAAUUUACAUCCGGUCGGGCUUAGUGUAAUAUAUAUAUAAUGUAUAACAGAAUGUACUAAAAUGCGUGGUUAGGUUUAGUUCUCACAUAAGCGCACACAUCAUUUAUCAUAAAAAAAAGAAAAUUCUUCUUCGGUUUUUCAUUAAAAUAAAAA